AUGGGGACAGUGGAGCGCCCGGAGAUGACGGCUGGAUUUGCCGACUUCGAUGCUGGCCAUCGGGAUCUGGUUACCGUUACCAAGUUUAACUUCUAUGGCAACCGUAUUGUCACGGCCUCUUCAGACCACCGGAUGAAAGUGUGGGAUCUCAAGGAUGGUCAAUGGCAAUUGAUAGACACAUGGCGUGCCCAUGAUGCCGAGAUUCGCGAUGCAACAUGGAAUGGUCCUUUUACAGGGCAGCAUAUUGGUAGUGUUGGAGAAGACAUGAAAUUAAAAAUAUGGCAAGAAGAUGUGACCCAGCCCCCAAAUUCGGGACGGCGUUUCAGGUCGAUCUUUCGUAUGACCGCGCCGCAAAGACAUCCAUUUGUCUCACUUGACUUUCGCAACAUUGACCUGGAAUCCUGGCUGGCUGUAAUUACCCGGGAUGGCUACCUCAUGAUUAUGGAGCCUGUCAGUCCUGAUAGUCUUGCAGACUGGCAGGCUGUCGACCAGUUCCGAGUGUGUACGGCGCCCGAACGUGGAGAGGAAACAAGCUUCAAGGUUCAGUUUCAUCAUGAUCCUACCGAUAUCACCCAUACUGUCUUGCCAGACACCGAUCGGAAGAGUUUAUCGUUGAUCGUGGCUGCUAUGGACACCGUCAAGAUCUAUCGCACAGAUGCAAACCGACGAUUCUAUCACGCAAUCGAACUUAAUGGACACAGCGGCCUUGUGAGAGAUAUUUCUUGGGCCAAUGGUUCUGUGCGCGGGUACGAUCUUAUCGCGAGUGGUGGCAAAGAUGGCUUAGUGCGUAUUUUCGAGGUGUAUACGUUCCCAGCUGGUCAAGCAUUGCACAACACCAAUGGUCGAAAGACUGAUCGUCGGGCUCAAUCACAAUCACCGUCAUCCCGGGCCAUUUCACAGUCUGGGAUUGGCUCUGCAUUGGCCAGCCGUGUACCCGAGCCAACAAUAGAUCGUCAGGCAAGCGGUGAUUCGCAGUUCCGACAUUCAUUUAAACAAGUUGCCUGCAUCGACACGAAACACCUUGAUGUUUGGCAGGUUCAAUUCUCAUUCUCUGGUGACUCUUUAAUUUCCUCCGGGGAUGAUGGGACGGUCCGGUUUUGGAAACGUUCACUGUCUGGAGAAUGGCUCGAAUUUGCCGAAACCGACAUGGUAUCUCAGUGA